GUUUGAACUGCCAUUUUGUUCCGGAACGACACAGCUCUAGUUCCUUUAUUUCUGGAAGAAAAAUAUUUGCAUUUCGGGGAAGGAUCUUUUGGAAGUUAAAACUCUCUCUUUUCUGUCCAUAAUUUUAUGCAAAACCCUAGCAAUAGAGAUUCUAACAUCUCCUUUUUGUAUUUCUGUUCUUGUAUAUAAACGAUAAAAAAACGCUUUGUCAUCAAAAUGGACGCAGAGAAAUCCAGCAAUAGCUCUUUCGAAGAUCUUUCCAAUUUAAAUGAAGCCGACAAGGCCGAUAUGAAAGCUGCCUCGGAGGCAUUGUUAGACAAAGAAAGACAGGCUGCCAAAGUUGCUGCUGGUAACGAUAGCGAGGUAGCAGCUGAUGCAGAGACAAAGACAGAUGACGAUGCCGAGGGGGAAGAUGUUUGUGAUGUUUUGGGCAAUGGUCAGCUGGUGAAACGAGUUUUGAAAAAGUCCAAAGUUAACAAACGACCACAAAGGGGUGACAAAGUUACUUUGAACUUUACUGGCAAAUUGGACGAUGGCAGAGUGGUGGAGAAGCAGGAAAACUUUCAAGUGCAUGUUGGUGACUUUGAGGUUAUCCAAGGCUUGGAUAUGGUCGUACCUCUGAUGAAUGUGGGUGAAGUUGCUGAAGUAAAGGUCGAUCCACGUUUUGCCUACGGUUCAUUGGGUUUGAAAAAUGAUGCUGACCCUGAACUGAACAUUCCCCCAGAUUCUAAGCUUACCUAUGAAGUGCAUUUAUUAGAUACAAAAUAUGAAGACUACUCGGAUUUGAAAGCCUAUGAAAUUCGCAAGCAAUAUGGAACACGUAAAAAGGAGCGUGCCAAUUUCUGGUAUAAUCGCAGUGAAUACAAUACUGCCAUACAAUUAUAUAGACGUGCCCUAGAAUAUUUGGACAACAGAGAUGGUGAUCCUGACAAUGAAUUCGACAAGGAGGACAUUGAACUGAGCAACAAUGAAUUGCAAUCUCUAUUGGAUGAUCGUUUGAUAGUCUAUAAUAAUUUGGCUAUGGCACAAAUCAAGAUAUCUGCUUUUGAUGCGGCUUUACAAUCAGUUGAACAUGUUCUACGCUGUCAGCCAAAUAAUUCAAAGGCUUUGUACCGAAAAGGAAGAAUUUUAGAGGGCAAAGGUGAUACAAAAGGAGCCAUAUCAUUACUACAGAAGGCAGCUACAUUGGAACCCGAAAACAGAACCGUACAACAGGAUUUGGCCAAACUAAUCAUUAAGGCAAGACGUGAAGAACACAAUGAAAAGAAAAUGUAUCAGAAAAUGUUGGGUCAGGCAAAUAAAUUGGAACAGAAAAACAAGCAACCACAAAAGCAACAAACAGUUGAAAGCUCGAAGCUGAAACUAUUGGGCUAUCUGAUGGGCUCCAUAUUGAUUGGUGUCGCCGGUGUGGCUAUGUAUCGUUAUAAAUACUGAAAUAAGAAAAAACACCCGUUCUUAUAACAGUCAUAUCCAUGCUUCUCAAAAAUAUUGCUUUGCAAAAGCCAUCCAAUAUGAUUUUUGCUAUAUCAGAGAAACCAUCAAAAAGGAAGAUCAAUUUUUAUUUUGCCUAACGUUUAGCCUCAUAUUUAUGUUAAUAUGUGUAUGUAUGUAGUUGAAACAAACCAGAAACAAUAUGUUCUUAGUUAUAUAUAAUAUCUUUCGCUGGAGUAAAGGGUUUUUCAUUUAUUUUCUAAAUAACCAUUAUAAAUAUUAAAUAUCUUUUGUUUUUCUUUUUUACUCUCUUCCUUUAGCAUUGUGUAUAAAAUGCUUCAUUUUUGUUCCAUUCCAUGUUAUAAAUGCGUUUAUUUGAUACAAAAGAAGAAAAAACAAGAACAACAAUAUAUAUGCAAUAUUCCUAAAUAAAUCGGUAAUAAAAGAUA